AUGGGGGUCGGUGGGUGCUUAGCCCUGCCCUGGAGGUGCCUAGUCGUCCUCUGUCUCAGGCUGCUCUUCCUUGUGCCCGCAGGAGUGCCCGUGCGCAGCGGAGAUGCCACCUUCCCCAAAGCUAUGGACAACGUGACUGUGCGGCAAGGGGAGAGUGCCACGCUCAGGUGUACCGUGGACGACCGGGUCACGCGGGUAGCCUGGUUGAACCGCAGCACCAUCCUGUAUGCCGGCAAUGACAAGUGGUCUAUAGACAACCGCGUGGUCAUCCUCUCCAACACCAAGACCCAGUACAGCAUCAAGAUACACAACGUGGACGUCUACGACGAGGGCCCCUACACCUGCUCUGUGCAGACAGACAAUCACCCCAAGACUUCGCGCGUCCAUCUCAUUGUGCAAGUCCCCCCCCAGAUCGUCAACAUCUCGUCGGACAUCACCGUGAAUGAGGGCAGCAGCGUGACCCUUAUGUGCCUGGCCUUUGGGAGACCGGAGCCCACCGUCACGUGGCGGCACCUCUCCGGGAAAGGGCAGGGCUUUGUGAGCGAGGAUGAGUACCUGGAGAUCACGGGCAUCACGCGGGAGCAGUCCGGGGAGUACGAGUGCAGCGCCGUCAACGACGUGGCCGUCCCAGACGUGCGGAAAGUCAAAGUCACCGUCAACUACCCGCCGUACAUUUCCAACGCCAAGAACACGGGCGCCUCGGUGGGCCAGAAGGGCAUCCUGCAGUGCGAGGCCUCGGCCGUCCCCGUGGCGGAGUUUCAGUGGUUCAAGGAGGACACCAGGUUAGCGAACGGGUUGGAGGGCGUGCGGAUCGAGAGCAAGGGUCGCCUGUCGACGCUGACCUUCUUCAACGUCUCAGAGAAGGACUACGGCAACUACACGUGCGUGGCCACGAACAAGCUGGGCAACACCAACGCCAGCAUCAUCCUGUACGGGCCCGGAGCAGUGCACGAUGGCGGCAACGCGGCAUCCCGGGCAGCCGCUGGUCUCUGCCUCUGGGCCACCCUCCUCGCUCGCCUCCUCCUCGACUUUUGAUAAGAGAGCGGAGG